AUGGCGAUUCCGGCCAGCGAAGUGGCGGCGAGUGCAGCGGCCGCGUUCGCUUUCACCGCUGCGAACCGCAGCUGCAUCAUCGUCAGCCCAAAACAGAGGGGCAACCCCGUGCGCGCCGACAUCAGGAACGUGAGGUGGGCGUUUGGGGAGAUCACGCCCGACUGUCUCCUCUCCCCCUCCUGCGCCCUCUCCCCCUCCUCCUGCGCCCUCUCCCCCUCCUACCCUUCUCACAGAACCGUUCCGUAUCCCUCUGAUUUGCCCUGCUGUAUACCGCAGAGGGGCAACCCCGUGCUUUCGCACAUCAGGAACGUGAGAUGGGCGUUUGGCGAGAUCACGCCCGACUACCUCCUCUCCCCCUCCUCCCCUUCUCAUAGAAGCCUUCUUUAUCCCCUCUAA